AUGAAGGGAGGUCCGGUGCCUUCUUACCGCGGCCUCGCGUUCGCGGACGCGCCCCCACCCCACCAUAGUUAUACCCCCACUUGGGGCCCCCUUCUGGACGAGACCCUUACAGGGUCCCGACUGAAGACCAUCCUAAGAAUUCAGUCCCCUCAUCCGGAAGCUACCCCUCAGUCCGACUGCCCCUCAGUCGAGCUGCCCCUCAUCCGGAUGCUCCCCUUAGUCCGGACUGCCAACUCAGUCCCAGUGGCCCUCUCUAGGUGGUCUCAGCCGCGAACUCGCUGUAAGGGUCCUCGCUCCAGAGCGCCACCAAAGGGUAAAACUAUGGUGAGGGGGGCCGCGUUCCGCACCCGAGCGCCCGCCCCCUCCACCCUCCACCCCACCCUCCAAGCCCCUCCAAGCCCUUCCACCCUCCAAGUCCCCCACCUCCCAGCCCUCCACCUUCCCACCUUCCACCCUCCGCCCCACCCUCCACCCUCCAGCCCUCCCACCCCUCCACUCCAGGCCCUCUCCAGCCCUCCACCCUUCCCACCCCCAAGGCCCUCCACCUCCGACCCUCCAGCCCUCCACCCUCCAGCCCUCCAGGCCCUUCAUCCAGCCCACCUCACCUCCAAACCCUUCCCCUCACCCUCCCCCCCCCCCAGCCCUCCACCCUUCCAACAACCCUCCAGGGGGGCCCUUCCCAACGCCCUUCCCCCCAAGCCCUCCACCUCCCAGCCCUCCCACCCUCUACACCCUUUCCCAAACCCCUCCACCCUUCCACCCCCUCCACGCUUCCAGCCCUCUCCACCCUCCACCCUCUAA